AUGAAAGGCUUCAUUCUAAAAACGGCCCUCGUUGCCGCAACUCUCCUCUCCAAUGCCAGCGCUUCCCCCAAAGGCCCUGUAGACACUUAUAAGAAAUGUCAACGUCAGACAAAACAUGCUACAGAAGGUUGCCCAAAGGGAACACUCUUCGUCGCCAAGAAUGAUCCCCGCGCCGACUUUUCUUCUAUCCAAGACGCCAUUGAUUCUCUGGGGAACACCACAACAGCUGGACAUAUUCUAAUCGCUCCUGGUGACUAUACAGAACAGUUGAACGUCACCAGGAGAGGUCCUCUGCACCUCAUCGGUGCUUCCAACAAACCAUGGACGAAAGAUCUCUACGGAGACAUUGAUGUCAACACCACAACGCAGAACGAUGUGCAGAUCUGGUGGAACUUGGCAAACACCAACAACGGAAGCAUGAGUGAUAACGUAUACACGAGUGUGCUGACCGUCGGACCAAACCUGGACGCUACCCUGACCGGAGCUGGACCAACGGGUUGGCCUGUCCCUCCCAACACUCCUUUUGGCUGCACUGAUUUCCGAGCGUACAAUAUCGACUUCAGGAACGACUUUGCCCCGAGAUCGGUUGGGCCUGCUCAUGCUGUUGGCGUCAGCAGGGCAAAUGCCGGGUUUUACUCUUGCGGAUUCUACAGCUAUCAAGACACUGUCUAUGUUGGAAAACUUGGAAAUGCAUUCUUCUACGACAACAUCAUUGCUGGGGAGACAGACUUCCUCUAUGGCUUCGGAACAGCAUGGAUUGAUCGCUCAACACUAUCUCUUCGAAACUGCAACGGGGGAAUAAGUGCUUGGAAAGGAACAAACACAACCUUUACCAACAAAUACGGCGUAUACAUCGACAACUCUCAAGUCAUUCCAUCAAACGCCACCAUCGCCAAGGACAUGGUCGGGAAAUGUCCAUUGGGACGACCGUGGAAUUCGCAGCACAAGUCUAUCUUUAUGCGAUCGUACUUGGACAGUGUUAUUCUUCCAGCAGGAUAUAUCAAAUGGAGCGCAGCCACGCCUCGCGUGGAUAACUACACUUUCAUGGCUACGUGGAACGACCACGGUCCUGGGUAUAAUGUCAAGGCUCUGGAGGACGGUGGAAUUACAAAGGUGUUGACUGAUAAGGAAGCGAAGCCUUAUAAAUCUCCCAAGGAUGUAUUCCAAACACCAGAGGGCAAGUUUGGCCAUGUGAGCUGGAUUGACAAGAAGGCAUUGUAA